UUCGCUGCUAGCUAGAAUGAAAAAUGACGUUGGGUCUAGUUGUCCAAAUAUUUCUGCUUAGACUAGAUGUAGCUUGACAGCAUAGAGUUUGUUGAGGUUUAGGGGAAAUUAAACCGUUUUGCGACUUUUCACUGAGUGAGUUCAACGUAGCUUCUGAGCUAGCUGGUUAGUCCUGAAGUUACCAAUAGCUAAGAUACACGAGAGUGGGACUUUGAUAGACAACGGUUAUUCCGCGUGCUAGCUACUAAAGAGAAACCUUCACAUCCCGAACACCCAGAACGUAACACCCCACUGACGUUAACGUCCACACUUGUCUGUGUGUCGUUUACGGACAUCCCCGGCGAUUUUUUUUCCUCGAGUUUCUAUCUAACAAGAUGUAUGGAAUGUCGGGAUGACAGGAAGAUGGCAAACGGGGUUGGAAAGCACAAACUGCUUGUGAUUGGACCAACAGAGCCAUGGUCAGUGAGAGAGAAGCUAUGUUUGGCCACAUCUGUCAUGAAGAGUGGAGACCAGAACUGGGUGUCUGUCAGUCGAGCCAUCAAACCAUUUGCAGAGCCUGGAAGACCACCUGAUUGGUUCUCUCAAAAGCACUGUGCCUCCAAAUACUCUGAGCUCUUGGAAACAACAGAGGCCCCAAAGCGAAAGCGUGGUGAGAAAGGCGACGUGGUGGAGACGGUAGAGGAUGUCAUAGUGCGCAGAUUGACAGCUGAGAGGAUUGAAGAACUUAAGAGGUUGAUCAAAGAAACUCAGGAGAAACACCGGAAGCUGAAGAAAGAAGCUGAACUGAUUCAAACAGGACAUCUAGAUUCCAAACUGGAGGAGUUGUGGGAAGAAAUUCUGCAGAAGAAGAAGCUGGAAGAGGAGGAAGCAGAAUUGAAAAAAAAAACCACAGAAGCUGCUUAUCAGGCCAGACAGGUGGCAAAGAGCACACCUAAGCGGAUGUCCAGCAUUACCAUGCGUUCACCCUCAGCCUGUAGCUCUCCAAGCCAGGAGUUCUCACCAGAUGACCCACUCGAGUGCUUGACGAUGGAUCUUGCAUCCACAAAAGCUUCAGGAACAGCCAGGUUAAUGACGUUUGUUGAGCCCUGUGGACCUGGUAAUGAUGACAGCAGUCCUGGAGCACUUCUUGAGGACCCCACUCAAAAGAAGUUCCUGAACCAGAAAGUCACACCACCACCAUCACCUCUCCUGUCAGAGUUACUGAAGAAAGGCAGUAUUUUGGCUACAAACUCCAGACUGAUUGGGGAAGGUGAUGUGUCCACCGGUAAUGUAACAGGAGCACAUGAAUUACAGCUUCCUUCAGCCUGUCAACCUCUCUCUCAAGCAACAGGUGCCCCAAUGUUGUCCCGUCUCCUGGAGGCAGGUCCCACCCAGUUUUCUCCUCCGUUGGGCUUUAUGGUUAUUACAGACUCUGCCUCCGGUGUUCCUCUCUCUGCUGCCACUCCUGUUUCUCUUGAGUCCACUGAAACAGCAAGUACAGAAGUGGAUGAGACAGUGCCAUCUGUGCCUCCUGGAUGCCAGCCUCUUUCUACAGAUGAGAAGGUGUCAGAGGUCAGCGAGGAGGAUGUAACUGUGUCUUACAUGGGAGAUGAGUUGGACCUGAAGACAGUGGGGGACAUUAUUGCCAUUAUUGAAGAGAAGGCAGAUGAAGCUGCAGAGGCUCUGGAUGCAGCUGCAGUUGAGGCUGCUCUAUCUCUUUGUGAGGAGAAUGGCCAUGCUCUAUCUGAGGCCUGGGAUACUGGGCCUUUCCAGCCCCACGAGACUGACCAUAGAGUGCCCACCGUGGCCUCACAAACCUCAUCGCUUCAACCUAGCCUGGAUGGAGGUGCAGAAGCUUCACUCUCUUCUCUGUACAGCAGUCACGAUACUAGUCUGACGGUUUUUCCUAUGGACCUGAGGAGCCUCCCUCCUACUUCCUCAUCCUUGUGCCACUCAAACACUUUAGAUCACUGCCACAAUUCAACACCUCCACAGCCUCAAGCACUAAGACAGACUGGUGUGAUGGAAGACCUAAAAAAGCAGACUUCAAAUGAUGGUACGAUAAAAAGUGAAAAGGAUAAGAAGGCACAGCAAAGACCUAAAAAAUCUUAUGAAGAUUCAGUAUUAGAAGAUAUCCCACAGACAGAAAGGCAACCUGAGGAGACAAAAGUGAAAAGUGGAACUAGUGGGAAGGGAGGAAAGAACACCUUGGAAACCAGAGCAGAAGAAAUCAUCGGUUCAGAAGUAUGUGGAGAAGAAGAGGGUGAUGGGGUGGAGGAGUUCUUAUCAGAACCAGAUGGGGAAAUGGAGCUAGAACCUGCAGCCAGUGAGAGUGAGGAUGGAUACAGUCUCCACACAGCAUCCUCAUCUCUGCAGCUCCAUACAACCGCAGACUCCAUCCCCAGCAGCCCUGCUUCAUCGCAGUUCUCUGUGUGCAGUGAAGACCUGGAGGCUCUACAGGCGCACAAGAUCUGGAAAAAAGCCAUCAUGCUUGUGUGGCGUGCAGCAGCCAACCACAGGUAUGCAAAUGUCUUCCUUCAACCAGUAACAGAUGAAAUUGCACCUGGGUACCAUAGUAUUGUGCACAGGCCCAUGGACCUGGCCACCAUUAAAAAGAACAUUGAGACUGGUUUAAUUCGGACCACCGCUGAGUUCCAGAGAGACAUCAUGCUGAUGUUUCAGAACGCCGUUAUGUACAACGGCCUGGACCAUGAUGUGUACCACAUGGCUCUGGAGAUGCAACGUGAUGUCAUGGAGCAGAUACAACAGUUUCUAGCAACCCAGCUCAUCAUGGAGACGUCAGAAUCUGGUAUCAGCGCUAAGAGCCUGAGGGGUCGUGAGAGCACACGCAAACAGGACUCUACUGACAAGGACACUGUGUCCAUGUCAUCACCUGCCUUCCUCCUUUCACUUUUUGAUGGUGGCACCAGAGGGCGCCGUAGUGCCAUGGAAGCUGACCUCAAGAUGAAGAAAUGAAGUCAGUAUGAAAAUCUUGACCAACAGUGACCCUGAUGAGAAGCAAACAAGAUUAUUGGUGGUGGGCUGCACAGAGUCCAAGUCUGAACUCAAUGCAAUCCAACAUUUGCUUGCACUCCAGAACGAUUGGGUAUACCGUCAUGUGGAGAAGCUUUCUUCAGAGACAACACCACAGACAUGGAUUACAUACUGUAUAGUCUCAGAUGACUGGUGCGUUCUGUAAGACUAGGUCAGAUCUAUCCUAGAUAUAACUACAGAUCACUUAGACUCAACCUGCUUUGAAGUUCUUCAGGUUGCACACAGUAUCAGUUAAAAGCUUGGACACAUUAAAAAUGAAUGUGUUGGUGUGUCUAAACCUUUGAUGAGUACUGAACAUGUGGAUUAAAGUUACACCUUGCCUAAAGCUGGGCUAAAACAGAAUAUAUUUGGUGGUUUUACUGCAGAAUGAUAUAAAAAUGUAAAGCCAAAGGCCAAAGAGUCAGAGUGACUAACAUUUUGUAAAAGUCUGAGCCCAGCAGAGUGAUCAAAAGCUCACAUAUAUAAUUGAAACCAAAAGUUUAAGUGUAAAAAAAAGAUACAUAAACCUUUUUUUCUUCACUGUUGGAAAUUAAACACUAAACCUCUCAUUUUUUUAAGGUCAGUUAGGAUUACUAAAGUUUUUUCUAUUUGUGAAAUGCUGCAAUAAUGGGUGAAAGAAUAUUUCAGUGAAGCUGUUUAUACUUUAUUCAAACUCAGAAGUUUACAUACAUUUCCCUUAGUAUUUGGUAGCAUUGACUUUAAACUGUAUGACUUGGGUCAGUCGUUUUGGGUGUUCAUCCACUAACUUCUCUCAAGUGUUUGCUGGACUUCUGGUCCAUUCCUCCUGACAGAACCGGUGUAGUUGAGACAGGUUUGUAGGCCGCCUUGCUCGCACACAUCUUUUCAAUUUUGCCCACAAAUUUUCUAUGGGUUUGAGAUCAGUGCUUUGUGAUAGCCACUCCAAAACAUUGACUUUGUUGUUGUUAAGCCAUUUUUAUCUGUAUGCUUAGGGUCAUUGUCAAUAUGGAAAACCCAUUUGUGCCCUA